AUGAACGCUGUUCGUCAAAUCAUCUCACGACGCUCUGUCAUGGCCAUGGGCCCCCGCCUCACAUCCCCAGCUCGAUAUGCCUCGACGGCUGCAGGACACUCGGCCCACUCCAGCAUGUCGCCAAAGGAUAGACAGUUUAUGCGAGGGAUCUUUACUGUGGCGACGGUUGGAACCACAGGAGCGGUAGCCUAUGGGGCUACCAGAUCAGGUGGACGCGUAAACAACCGCUACGUCAAGCGCAACGGGACCCUCGACAGCACCAAAUGGUUUUCGGAGGGCGCAGAAUAUCACCGCAGUUAG